UCAAGAUGUCGGCCGGCGGCGGCGUUGAGCGGCUGUAGAGUGGCUCCUCUGUGUGACAGGGACCGGACUGAGGCCGCUCGGAGUGGUCGGGGAAGGGGCGCGAGGCCGAGGCCGGGUGGCCGGGCGCUCCGGGUCCACGGACCGCUACCGGGAAUGCGCCGCAGCCCCGCGAGCAGCCGGGAAGGCGAGCCCCGUGCGUGUGCUUCAUGCCGCCCACCGGCAUAGAGUCCUCCAGGAUGAACAAGAAGAAAGGAGAUAAAGGCUUCGAAAGCCCACGGCCGUAUAAAUUAACCCAUCAGGUCGUCUGUAUCAACAACAUAAACUUCCAGAGAAAAUCUGUUGUGGGAUUUGUGGAGCUCACUAUAUUUCCUACAGUUGCGAACUUGAAUAGAAUCAAGUUGAACAGUAAACAGUGUAGAAUAUACCGGGUCAGGAUCAAUGACUUGGAGGCUGCUUUUAUUUAUAAUGAUCCAACCUUAGAAGUCUGUCACAGUGAAUCAAAACAGAGGAAUCUUAAUUAUUUUUCCAAUGCGUAUGCAGCUGCGGUUAGUGCAGUUGAUCCUGAUGCAGGGAAUGGAGAACUCUGCAUUAAGGUUCCCUCAGAGCUCUGGAAGCAUGUUGAUGAGUUGAAGGUCCUGAAGAUACAUAUUAAUUUUUCUUUGGAUCAGCCAAAAGGAGGUCUUCAUUUUGUGGUACCCAGUGUAGAGGGAAGUAUGGCAGAGAGAGGUGCUCAUGUCUUCUCUUGUGGGUAUCAGAAUUCUACAAGAUUUUGGUUCCCAUGUGUUGAUUCAUACUCUGAGUUGUGUACCUGGAAGUUAGAAUUUACAGUAGAUGCUGCAAUGGUAGCUGUGUCCAAUGGAGAUUUGUUAGAGACGGUGUAUACUCAUGAUAUGAGAAAGAAGACGUUCCAUUAUAUGCUUACUAUUCCUACUGCAGCGUCCAAUAUCUCCUUGGCCAUUGGACCUUUUGAAAUACUUGUAGAUCCAUAUAUGCAUGAGGUUACUCAUUUUUGUUUGCCUCAACUUCUUCCGCUACUUAAACAUACCACAUCAUACCUUCACGAAGUUUUUGAGUUUUAUGAAGAAAUUUUGACUUGUCGCUAUCCAUACUCCUGUUUUAAGACUGUCUUCAUUGAUGAGGCUUACGUUGAAGUGGCCGCUUACGCUUCUAUGAGCAUUUUUAGCACAAAUCUUCUGCACAGUGCCAUGAUUAUAGACGAGACGCCGCUGACCAGACGCUGCUUAGCACAGUCCUUAGCACAACAGUUCUUUGGUUGUUUCAUAUCCAGGAUGUCUUGGUCUGAUGAAUGGGUGCUGAAAGGGAUCUCAGGUUAUAUUUAUGGACUUUGGAUGAAAAAAACCUUUGGUGUUAAUGAAUACCGCCAUUGGAUUAAAGAGGAGCUAGAUAAAAUAGUGGCAUAUGAACUGAAAACUGGGGGAGUUUUACUGCAUCCCAUAUUUGGUGGUGGAAAAGAAAAGGAUAACCCCGCAUCUCACCUCCACUUUUCAAUAAAGCAUCCACACACACUGUCCUGGGAAUACUAUACUAUGUUUCAGUGUAAAGCUCACCUUGUGAUGAGACUGAUUGAGAACAGAAUCAGCAUGGAGUUUAUGCUGCAAGUUUUCAAUAAGCUGCUAAGUCUGGCCAGCACUGCUUCAUCUCAGAAGUUCCAGUCACAUAUGUGGAGCCAGAUGCUGGUUUCCACCUAUGGGUUUUUGAAGUCCAUUUCCAACGUCUCUGGCAAAGACAUCCAGCCCUUAAUAAAGCAGUGGGUAGACCAGAGUGGAGUGGUAAAGUUUUAUGGAAGUUUUGCAUUUAAUAGAAAACGAAAUGUUUUAGAACUAGAAAUAAAACAAGAUUAUACAUCUCCUGGAACUCAGAAGUAUGUGGGACCACUUAAAGUAACAGUACAAGAAUUAGAUGGAUCUUUCAACCAUACUUUGCAAAUUGAAGAAAACAGCCUUAAACAUGAUAUACCGUGUCAUUCUAAAAGUAGAAGGAAUAAGAAGAAAAAAAUCCCACUGAUGAAUGGGGAAGAAGUUGACAUGGAUCUUUCUGCAAUGGACGCUGAUUCCCCAUUGUUGUGGAUAAGGAUAGACCCAGAUAUGUCUGUCUUGCGGAAGGUGGAAUUUGAGCAGGCUGAUUUUAUGUGGCAGUAUGAGCUCCGCUAUGAAAGAGAUGUUGUUGCUCAGCAGGAAUCCAUCUUGGCCUUGGAGAAAUUCCCCACCCCAGCAUCGCGCCUUGCGCUCACUGAUAUUCUAGAGCAAGAGCAGUGUUUCUACCGAGUGAGAAUGUCUGCGUGCUUCUGUCUCGCCAAGAUUGCAAACUCAAUGGUGAGCACAUGGACAGGACCACCAGCCAUGAAGUCCCUUUUUACUAGAAUGUUUUGUUGUAAAACUUGUCCAAACAUCGUGAAAACAAACAACUUCAUGAGUUUUCAGAGUUAUUUUCUACAGAAGACUAUGCCCGUUGCAAUGGCUUUGUUAAGAGAUGUGCAUAAUCUUUGUCCCAAAGAAGUUUUAACAUUUAUUUUAGACUUAAUCAAGUACAAUGACAACAGGAAAAAUAAGUUUUCAGAUAACUACUAUCGUGCAGAAAUGAUUGAUGCCCUGGCUAAUUCUGUUACACCAGCUGUCAGUGUGAAUAAUGAAGUGAGAACUUUGGAUAACUUAAAUCCUGAUGUGCGACUAAUUCUUGAAGAAAUAACUCGGUUUUUGAAUAUGGAAAAACUUCUCCCAAGUUACAGACAUACUAUCACUGUCAGUUGCUUGAGAGCCAUAAGGGUGCUUCAGAAGAAUGGACAUGUGCCAAGUGAUUCAUCUCUUUUCAAAUCCUAUGCUGAGUAUGGCCACUUUGUGGACAUCAGGAUAGCGGCUCUGGAAGCCGUUGUUGACUACACGAAAGUUGACAGGAGUUAUGAAGAACUUCAGUGGCUACUUAAUAUGAUUCAGACUGACCCUGUCCCCUAUGUAAGGCAUAAGAUUCUAAACAUGUUGACAAAGAAUCCGCCAUUUACAAAGAACAUGGAGUCUCCUUUAUGCAAUGAAGCCCUGGUAGAUCAACUCUGGAAGCUCAUGAAUUCUGGUACUGCACAUGACUGGAGGCUGCGGUGUGGUGCUGUGGACUUGUACUUCACUCUGUUUGGCCUCAGUAGACCUUCCUGUUUACCUUUGCCAGAGCUUGGGCUUGUUCUUAACCUAAAAGAGAAAAAAGCUGUCUUGAAUCCUACUAUAAUUCCAGAAGCCGGAGCAGGCAACCAGGAAUCUACGAAUAACCCAGGCUGUCAUGCACAGUUGGCUGGAUUUCAGAACCCUUUUUCAAGUUCUCAAGAUGAGGAGGAGGUUGAUAUGGAUACUGUUCAUGAUAGUCAGGCCUUCAUUUCCCAUCAUCUGAACAUGCUUGAAAGGCCAUCCACUCCAGGGCUUUCUAAAUAUCGACCAUCCAGCUCCAGGUCUUCCUUAAUGCCCCAGCAGUCAUUAGGCUGUGACAUCACACCAACCACAAAACCCCAGUGGAGUAUGGAGCUGUCUCGAAAGGGACAAGGUAAAGAGCAGCCUUUGGAGAUGAGUGUGCAUCCCAUGGUAGCGGCUCCACUCUCCGUGUUUGCUAAGGAGUCUAUGUCCUCCAGACACAGCGAGCACCAUCACCACCAUCACCACGAGCACAAGAAAAAGAAGAAAAAGCACAAGCACAAACACAAGCACAAGCACAAACACGACAGCAAGGACAAGGACAAGGAGCCCUUUGCCUUUUCCAGCCCUGCCAGUGGCAGGUCUGUGCGCUCCCCUUCACUCUCUGACUGAGAGUCCCACACAGGAGGAGGGCCUGAAGUCUGGUCCUCUAUGGAGAAAGAUGCAAGUGAGGAACAUGGAGAAACCAGAGCAUGCUCCAUUUCUGCAUUCGAUUUCUGUUACUUCAAUAACUGGGAUCUAAAUAGGAAUGUGUGUUUUGGUUCUAGAUGAACUGUUCCAUCCCUCUGUUCUUCUGAAAACACAGAGUGACUUUUUUUUUUUUUUUUUUUUUUUUUUUUUUAAAUAAAAGCCUUCAUGUCCACUGCAGGCCCAUUCACAUGCUGGUCUCUUGUGGACUGCCCAAGUCAGGUAUGCUUGAAAGCCUUUGAUGGAUGUCAUGGGCCAGAAGGACAUUCAACAGAAGCAACUGCCAGAUCUGGAGUACCCAGCAUUUCCAUGAAAUGCUGAAUAACACCACUUAGAAAUGCUGGAGAGAGAGGCUUUUCUGUAGGACUCAUCCCUCUCGACUGCUUUUGUGUUAGCCAUAGAAACUAAGCACUGUCAUUUAUGAGCAGAGAAUCUUAUAUUUCCUUUUACCCUAAAGUACAAAAAGUUUUGAAAGAAAUUAUUUUUAAAAAAUUUAAAGUAACUAUCUUUUGAUAGUACAUUUGGUGAUUGUGAUGUUGCAGUGUAGCAGAACAGUCAGACCCACCAUUAGUCUCAAAUCAAGAUGUUUAAAUUACAUUUUGUUUUGUCUUCUAUUAAGUCCAAGUGAAUGUGUUCAUAUGUAAAGUAUGUUUUGCUGAAUGUAGACAGUUUACACACAUAACACGUACUCUUUCUAAAAUCACUUUCUAUAUAAACCAAGCACGGUGGAGCAUGCCUGUUGUCCCAGCACUUAGGAGAUUAAAGGCAAGAAGAUCAUUCAGAACAGCCUGAGAUAUGGAAAAAUUGGUAUCAAAAAAGCAAGAUAAUAAGGUCACUCUAUAUAACAGACACGAUGCUUUGAAAAGCUAUGUUUAUUUGUUGUUUACUAGCUUGAACAUAGAGAAUGUGGCCAACAUUGGAGCACACCAGCAGCAGCUUAAGAUACGUGUGCAGUGCUUUGGAAUCAUAUGUUAACAGUUUGUAUGGUUGUGUGGUUUGUUUGUUUUGUUUUUGUUUUCUGUGUUUAUCAGGUUCUAUGUUAAAAAAUGGUUUCAUAUCUAUUCAGUUUUUAUCAUUUCCCUUGUCACUAAACGUUUGACUAAAUUCUUGAUCUCAGAUAUGUUUCAAAAGGGAUCCAAUAAUGCUGGACUUUUAAAUAUACUUUAUUUGUAUUUAACUUGUUUAAUAAAUAACUUUUUAAGUUGAA